AUGACGCGCCCUGGGCCACCAAGUGAAAACCUUCCUACGGUGAAACUGGUAGUGGUAGGCGAUGGCGGUGUUGGAAAGAGUGCUAUCACCAUCCAAUUCUUCCAGAAGCUAUUUGUGACGGAUUAUGACCCUACCAUCGAGGACUCUUACAUACAGCAUACGGAAGUGGAUGGACAGUGGUGCAUACUUGACGUGCUGGACACGGCUGGACAGGAAGAGUUCAGCGCAAUGCGCGAGCAGUACAUGCGCAAGGGCGACGGCUUCCUGCUCGUGUACUCCGUCACUGACGCACAGAGCUACCAGAACAUACGGCACUUCCACACGCAAAUACUACGCGUCAAGGACCGCGAGUCGUACCCGAUGCUGGUGGCGGCCAACAAGGUGGACCUGGUGGGCGCGCGCUGCGUGAGCGAGGAGGCGGGGCGCGAGCUGGCGCGCACACUCGCCGCGCCCUACAUCGAGACCUCGGCCAAGGAGCCGCCGCUUAACAUCGACGCUGCCUUCCACGAGUUGGUGCGCAUAAUACGCAGACACCCGCAGCAAGAAGAGAAGCAGCGACGUCGCCGACGGUUCUUCGGACGCUGUACUCUACUUUGA